AUGAAGAGGAAACUGGUGGACAGCCCUGCGCUUUCCUGCAGCCAGAAAGCAUCCAGCACCAUGGACACAAGGAGAUGGAUGCUGCCUCUCUGCUUCUUCUUAGCUUUGGCUUUUAGGGCGGGUGAAUCUAUGGGAACACCUGAGUCUCAGAAAUAUAUUUGCAAGACAUAUGGCAGCGGAGUCAUCCAGGCUUUCAAAGGUUCCCUUUUCUACGUGCGCUCAAACUGUCCGUUCACCUUCACCCGCUUCACCCACAAACGAGUCAAGUGUGACAUCACCAUACGGCGAGGACCGAAUGGUUUGGUGAACCUAAUCGAGAUUAUCAUCAACAAGGUCAAGACCGUGGUGCAGAAUGGAACCAUCCUGGUAGAGAAGAAAAGGGUUUCCCUUCCAUAUGACCACACCUACCAGCACAUAUAUCAAUACGGCAUCUACACCAGACUGAGGAGCUCAUUACUCCCUCUCUCAGUUACCUGGAACACAGUAGCAGGAGGACUUGACAGUGUUUGGGUUGAACUAGAGCAAAAGCUGAGCUCUGACUUGAGUGGACUUUGUGCAAUACAUAAGACAGGUAUGGCAUCACAAAGGAUAUUAUUAAAUUGUCUGAUUUCUGACAACACCUGCUACAUUCAGGACCUCAACCCGCGUCCCAACUUGCUGUGCAGAGACUUCUUCUCACACACGCUCGACUGUCUAAAUUUCCAAACACCCAACUACAUCGCCCUCUGUGAUGAAAACCUUUACACCUUUGAAGGCGACAGCGACAUUGCAUGUGCUUUCUUCAAAGAGAUUGCACUGCUGUGUGGAAAAAGGAGCCAUAUUUGGGACAAGUGGAGGACCAUAGCCAACUGUGCUCCACAAACGUGUCCAGGUGACCUGGUUUACAUCGAGGAGGGUUCUCCUUUUGUGCCCAGCUGCUCAAACCAGGACCCCAGAUUCACCACCCUGGAGACCACCAGCUCCUGUGUCUGUCCUGCAGAUGCGGUGCUGAAUGAUCACACUGAUGGAUACCAAUGUGUGGGUGUCCACAACUGUCCGUGUGUAUUCAAUGAUCAGAUCUACUCUCCUGGAGGGAUACGCACCACCAGAUGUCAAACAUGUCAGUGUGAUAGUGGGAAGUGGCAUUGCUCUGAAAACUCCUGCCCAUCCAGAUGUCUCAUUGAAGGACAGUUUGUGACAACAUUUGAUGGCAAACAGUAUGCGGUUCCUGGUAAAUGCACAUACAUGGCAUCGCAGGACUCCAACUGGUCUAUUGAAAUUGAGUUUUCUAAAACUCGACCAUCAUUGAAGGCAGUACGUGUACAGAUUUUACAGGAAAUAUUUACGUUCACACUAAGCAAGGUCACAGUUGGAGACCAAGAGAUUACUGAGCUCUACCAAUCUGAUCUAGCACUGAUUUUCUGGCAGUCCUCAAUGUAUGUAGAAGUAAGUACAACCGUUGGUGUAGCGCUUGGAGUCCAGGUGUUUCCUGAGCUCCAGCUGUCAAUCACACCCACAAAGACUACUGGCCAGAUCUCAGGUCUUUGUGGAAACAGGAACAAUGAUACCACAGAUGACUUCACUACCAGCAGCGGGAUCAUCGAGAGCUCCGCCAAGCUAUUUGCUCUAUCCUGGAGUUUAGGAUAUUGUUCAGGGGAUAUCCCAAACGUUUGCAUCAAUACUGACAAUGAAAUGUUUGCAGAUGAGAAGUGCUCUGUAUUGUAUGAUUCAAAUGGGAUAUUUGCCAAGUGCCACGGCCACAUUCCGACUGACCAGUUCCAUGACGCUUGCAUCCAGAAAACAUGCAACUGUGGGAAUAAUCUACAGCAAUGCCUGUGUUCUUCUUUGGGAAGUUAUGCUAAAGCGUGUGCUAAUGUGGGUAUAGAUCUUGGCAACUGGAGGAGAGCCACCAACUGCACUGUGAAAUGUCCAACGAACCAGGAGUUCUCCUACAAUGUCCGGGCAUGUAAUAAUACAUGCCUUUCGCUGUCUGGGUAUGAUCCUCGCUGCGAGCUGGACAGCCCUCCAGCAGAGGGAUGUGGCUGUCCAGAGGGAACCCAUCUGAACCAAGACGGAACCUGCGUCCCAAAGGGGCAAUGCAUGUGUUAUCACAGUAGGGGUGUUACACCACCAGGACCUGUAGUUAUUGAUGGGCGACAAUGCCUUUGUGAGGAUGGAAAACUCCACUGCUCCAAGGACUGCGGUUGCAGAAAUGGGAAGGUUUGUGUUCACUGCUCAGAGUUUGAAGUCAACACAGCUCAGAAAACCUGCGACAGUCUCAGUAAACCUUUGGGUGCCAAUGUGAGCUGCGAGAGUGGCUGUUACUGCCCUCUGGACCAAUAUGAGGAUCACAAUGGGAGAUGCGUUCCCAGAAAUAAUUGCACCUGUAUGUACAGUGGCAAAGUGUUCAGUGCUGGAGAGUUUGUCAAAACCAACUGUAAAACAUGUACCUGUAACCAGGGCCAGUGGAGCUGCAAAGAUGAGGAGGCGUGCUCAGGGAAGUGUCAGGUUUAUGGAAAUGGACAUUACCAGACUUUUGAUUCUAAAUGGUUUCGCUUUGAUGGACACUGUCAGUACACACUGGUAGAGGAUUACUGCGGGAACAGAAAUGGUUCCUUUUCUGUCCGAGUGGAGAGUGUGCCCUGCUGUGAUGAAGCCCUCACCUGUUCUCGUACAAUUAUUCUAGAUCUGGAGGAUAAAGUCACGCUAACACUGAGUGAUAUGAAAGUCACCAGACACCUCAAAAGUGGUUGGACUUUGGAGCAAGAGCCCCUUUACAAGACGCACACUGUGGGACUGUAUAUAGUAGUCUCUGUGCCAAGCAAAGGUCUAACUCUCAUUUGGGACAAAAACACAAGGAUCACCAUAGAACUCAAUCCUGACUGGAGGAACAAAGUCUGCGGUCUCUGUGGCAACUUCGACUCCAAUGAGAUGAAUGACCUUCAGAUAAUUGGCUCAGCUGUGGUGAGCAGUCCACUAGCUUUUGGAAACAGUUGGAAGAUCAGCACUCCUCCUUGCUCUGAUGUGACCACUGAGAUAUUUCCAUGCGAACGUCACUCCUAUUGUUCUGCAUGGGCCCAGCGGCGCUGUAUGAUCAUUAAAGGAGACACAUUCAGGGACUGUCAUUUAACGGUGGAUCCAGAGCCCUACUACCAAGCCUGUGUGCAGGAGUCAUGUUCCUGUGAGUUUGAAGGAAAGUUCUUGGGUUUCUGCACAGCAGUGGCUGCCUAUGCAGAGGCCUGCGGUGAUCUGGAUGUUUGCAUGAACUGGAGGACACCUGAUUUGUGUCCUGUCUACUGUGACUACUACAAUGAGCAAGGCCAGUGUAGGUGGCACUAUGAAUCCUGUGGAAGGAUACUGACCUGUGGAACUCCCAACCAUUCUAAUCAAAAGUUGGAAGGCUGUUACCCAAGAUGCCCUAAGGAAUCUCCAUACUUUGAUGAGAAUACUGGCAGAUGCACUGAAUUGAGAAACUGUUCCUGCCUUUUCAAUGAAACAAUUGUCCCACCAGGAGAAGGAGUCAUUAUAGACUUCAUUUUAUGUUCUUCAACCUCAACGCUGGGAACUACAGUUUCUACACCACCAUCUACAACUUCUUCAACCUCAACGCUGGGAACUACAGUUUCUACACCACCAUCUACAACUACUUUAACCUCAACGCUGGCAGAUACUGUUUCCACACCUGCAAUCACAACUUCUUUUACUUCAACACAGGGGACUACUAAUUCUACAACUACUUCAACCUCAACUCUAGGUACCAGUGUUUCUAUUCCUGAAACUACAAUCUCUUUAAGCACAGCAAAGGGUUCUACCAUUUCCACAGAGCAAACCACAACAGCUAAUAUAAUAACUAAAUUACCGUUGACGACAACAGAGCCCUCUACAGAUAGCCAAAAAGACUGCGUCUGCAAAGACCUGAAGCUGAAAAAAGAAUGGGCUUGUGGUGAAACUUGGACAGAGGACUGUUUCAUCAAGACCUGUGUAAAUCAAAAAAUAGAGCUGACCCCUGUGGUUUGUCCGGAGCUUGUUAUUCCUGAAUGUCCCAGGGGUCAAUUAAUAAAGAUCUCUGAUGGAUGCUGUGAAACGUGGCAGUGUGACUGUCGCUGUGAGCUCUACGGAGACCCACACUACAUCUCUUUCAGUGGAGUAACUUUUGAUUUCCUGAAAGACUGCACCUACACCCUCGUGGAAGAGCAAUCCCCACAGCAUCACCUGGCCAUUGUGGUGGACAAUUUCUACUGUGCACCAUCACUCCCAGGCUCCUGUGUUAAAGCUGUUAUUGUGAAGUAUCAGAACAACACAGCUAAACUUACUAUCACCACGCAUCCUGUUGGUAUCAAGGCCACUCUGAAUAACAAGAUCGUUAAGCCACCCUUUAAGGCGCAGGGGAUGAUGUUUGAAACCACAAACUACAAAGUGUCAAUCGUCCUUCCUGAGAUCCGAUCCUUUGUCUCUCUCUCCCCGUCUUUCACGCUAGUGGUCAACCUGGCCAUGGAGCACUUUGUCAACAACACCCAAGGACAAUGUGGUGUGUGUGGUGGUGCAUCAUGCAUCCGUAGAGGAGGCCAGAUUGAGGACAACACCUGCUGUGAUAAAACAUCCUAUGACUGGCUAUACUAUGACCCUUUGAAGCCGGAGUGUUUUUCCGCACCGGUCGAUGUACCGUGUGUCACCGAUGAUCCCCCGGAACCCACUGGACCCCCACCUACCUGUGUACCAAACUCAUUAUGCCAACUGCUUGACCACCCGGUGUUUACUAACUGCAGCAAAUAUGUCAAUAUGACUAUCAUAAAGAAGAGUUGUGAAUUUGAUUCGUGCACAACUCUAAAUGCUUCCUGCUCUUCUUUGGAACAAGCAGCAAAGGAAUGUAUACAUGCUGGUUUCUGUGUUGACUGGAGAGAACUGACUAAUGGAAGUUGUGAUGCGGAAUGUCCCAAGGGAUUGAUUUAUAAGGAAUGCCAAGAUAAAAAAGAUGACUUCUGCUUUGGAGGAGUCGUUAACUCAGGGCCCAGUCUGGUUCAGACCAGCUCCGGAUGUUUCUGCCCUCCAGGACUUAUCAGGGCAGGAAGCCACUCAAAUGUUUGUGUGAAUCAAUGUCCUUAUUGUAAAGGACCACUCGGGGAGCCUAAGUUUCCUGGAGAGGUUUGGGAGUCUGAUUGCCACCUGUGUAUAUGUAGUAAUCAGACCUUCGCUGAGGAGUGUGUUCCAAAACCUGUUUUACCACCGCCAGUCUGUUCCCCAAAUGAAACCUUGGUGAACACCACUUGUUGUGGUGAUCCGAUUUGUGUUGAGAAGACCUGCAGCUAUCAUGGAACCACAUACAGGUUGGGAGACACAUGGAAAGACCCCAAUGAUCCCUGCUUGUCCUUUGUCUGCACUGAGGAGGGGAUCCAGAGUGAAUCUGUCUGUCCAACAGAGAUUUGUCCUGAGGGUAAAAGGAAGAACCAAAGCUGCUGCUUCACCUGUAACCAGACCUGUGCACCCAAGCUGUCCAAAAUGAACGUCACUAUUAAUGAGUGCUCCACUGUCAUCGAAGUACCUCUGUGUGAGGGCCACUGCCCGUCAAAGCCCUGGAUAUCUUUAGGCGAAUACCUGCAUGUGGAGCAGGACUACAGCUGCUGCCAGGCGCAGAGCUCAGAGUUCAGAGAGCUGGAGGUGGAAUGCUCUGAUCUCACUACCAGGAGAUAUACCUACAAGCAUGUGACUAGCUGUGAAUGUAGAGCUUGUGGUGCACUCUGAGGAGCAACCACAAUCAAUGUAUUUGCACCUUCAACUUUGAUUCUAUUAUACUCCAAUUUAACUGAUCAAUGGUGGAAAUGUUUGUUACUGAAAAGAAUCUUUUUAUCAAGAAAUUACUAAAUAAUCUUUAAAUCACAAGAGAAAGAAUCAUUUAUUGUGUUUUCCUGCAUUGAAGUGUUCAACGUAUUCAA